GCAGACAUUUGAUUAACAUAGGAAGCUCUGGAUCAAGCAGUGAAGAAAGAUAUGAAAUCAAACCCUGAUAACAUUCAAGAAGCCAUUUUAGCAGUUGAAUUAGUUUAUAAGCAAUCCAUGUAUGGAUAUAUGGGAAGCGAGAAAUUGUCGUUUUUGAAAAUUACAGUAGCAAUUCCAAGAUUGAUAGCACCUUGCAAAAGAUUACUGGAACAGGACAUGGUUUACACUAUGUUUAAUCAUCAUUAUAAAGCCUUUGAAAGCAAUAUCGAUUUUGAUAUCAGGUUUAUGGUUGACACAUCAGUAGUUGGCUGUUCUUGGAUAGAAUUGACACCAAAAACCUGGAAAUUACGUGGUCAAUAUGGACACGAACUGGAGUUAACUACACGAUGUCAGUUGGAAGUAGAUGUUGCAUGGGAUGCUUUUAUAGCUCACGCACCGGAAGGAGAAUGGUCGAAAAUAGCUCCAUUUAGAAUUCUCAGUUUCGAUAUUGAAUGUGCUGGACGUGAAGGUAUCUUCCCAGAAGCAAAACACGAUCCAGUGAUACAGAUCGCUAAUAUGGUUAUAAGACAGGGCGAAUCAGAACCAUUUCUAAAAAAUAUAUUUACUUUUGGCACUUGCGCGCCUAUCGUCGGUUGUCAGGUGUUGAGUUUUAAAAAAGAGAGUUUGAUGUUGGAGAAAUGGGCCGAUUUUGUGCGACAGUUAGAUCCUGACAUUUUUACUGGAUAUAACAUUAAUAACUUUGAUUUCCCAUAUUUAAUUAAUCGCGCACAACAUCUCAACGUUCAGAACUUCAGCUUUCUUGGCCGAGUGAAAAACAUAAAAUCUGUCAUCAAGGAUCAUGUGUUACAAAGCAAACAGCUGGGCCGUCGCGAGAAUAAGUCGAUUAAUUUUGAAGGAAGGGUACCGUUUGACUUAUUGCUGGUAUUGGUCCGAGAUUAUAAAUUGCGAUCUUACUCUCUAAAUGCAGUAUCAUACCAUUUUCUUCAAGAACAAAAAGAGAAUGUUCACCAUAAAGAUAUUACUGGUUUGCAAAACGGAAAUGAACAGACACGACGACGUCUUGCUGUAUAUUGCUUAAAAGAUGCAUACUUACCGCUUAAGUUGUUGGACAAAUUAAUGUGCAUAAUUAUCUAUAUGGAAAUGGCAAGAGUCACAGGAGUAUCUAUUUCCAGUUUAUUAACUCGUGGGCAACAAAUUAAAGUUGUUUCUCAACUUUUACGUAAAACACGGGAGAAGGAUUAUCUGAUGCCUGUGCAUCAAGGUCACGGUACCGACGAGCAAUACGAAGGAGGCACUGUUAUAGAACCAAAACGUGGCUAUUACAAUGAUCCAAUUGCUACUUUGGAUUUCAGUUCUUUAUAUCCCAGCAUCAUCAUGGCACAUAAUCUAUGUUACACGACAUUAUUAACCGUUGCUAAGAAGAAGGAAUUGAAUAUUCCGGAGGACAAUAUUAAUACAACCCCAAGCAAUUCGUUAUUUGUCAAUAGCUCCGUGAGAAAAGGUAUCCUUCCUGAGAUUUUGGAAAAUUUAUUGACAGCCAGGAAAAAAGCAAAAGCGGAAUUGAAACAAGAAACAGACCCGUUAAAGCAGAAAGUACUUGAUGGUAGACAAUAUGCUUUAAAAGUUUCCGCAAAUUCCGUGUAUGGUUUCACAGGAGCACAAAUGGGGAAAUUACCGUGCUUGGAAAUAUCUGCUGGCGUUACCGCUUACGGACGUACUAUGAUCGAACGAACGAAACAAGAAGUGGAAGAGCAUUUCCGAGUAGAGAAUGGGUACAAAAACGAUGCGAUAGUUAUAUACGGCGACACCGAUUCAGUCAUGGUGAAAUUCGGUGUGAAAUCUAUAGAAGAAGCAAUGAAACUCGGCAAAGAGGCAGCCGAUUAUGUCUCGUCCAAAUUCAUUCAACCUAUAAAACUGGAAUUCGAAAAAGUAUAUUUCCCGUACCUCUUAAUUAACAAGAAACGUUACGCUGGUUUGUACUUCACGAAACCUGAUAAAUACGAUAAGAUGGAUUGCAAAGGUCUCGAGACUGUACGCAGAGAUAACUGUCCAUUGGUCGCAAACAUGAUGAAUACCUGUUUGCAAAUAUUACUUAUCGAAAGGUACUUAUUAAUUUUUUUACGCUUUUUCUGCGUUUUUAUCAAUUUAGUAACGUUGGUAUGCCAUUGUCACAGGAACCCACAUGCUGCCGUGGAUUAUGCUAAACAAGUCAUAAGUGAUCUUCUCUGUAAUCGUAUCGAUCUCUCUCAAUUAGUCAUCACGAAGGAAUUAACGAAGACUGAUUACGCGGCAAAGCAAGCACACGUCGAAUUGGCGACAAAAAUGAAGAAACGAGACGCCGGGACCGCACCGAAACUCGGCGACAGAGUGGCGUACGUGUUCAUAAGUGCAGCCAAAGGUGCUCCGGCGUAUCAAAAAGCGGAAGACCCCGUUUAUGCGUUGGAGAACAGCAUCCCAAUCGAUACGAAUUACUAUCUAGAGAAUCAAUUGGCAAAGCCUCUGGUACGUAUCUUUGAGCCUAUUCUUGGUGACAAGGCGGAAUCACUUUUGCUCAAAGGAGACCACACGCGUACCAAAUGCAUCGCUACUUCGCAAGUUGGGGCGCUGGCAGCUUUUACGCGUAAAAAGGAGACUUGCUUGGGAUGCAAAGCCGUCUUACCAGUGGACAGAGAAGAUAAAGCAGUGUGCAAGCAUUGCGAAUCUUACGAAAGCGAGUUGUUUCACACCGAGUUGCAGGAUCAACACAAGUUGGAGGAGAAGUUCUGCAGACUGUGGGCGGAAUGCCAAAGAUGCCAAGGAAGUCUUCAUCAAGAAGUGAUCUGCUCAAACCGUGACUGCCCGAUAUUUUACAUGAGGGUAAAAUCUCGAAUGGACAUGGCUGCGAAAGUCAAACGUAUCCAAAGGUUUGGCGUUCCGGAAUGGUAAUGAAGACAAUGAUCACACGUUAGUGCGUUCGAUAACCAAUCCAUCGCUUGAUCAAGUCCUUCACCUUUCGUCGCAGAAGUUUUGAAUAUUUGGAAGGUUCUAUUUUUAAG